AUGUAUGGUAUAAACUGUAGUAGAUCCUGUAAUGAUAGAAAUUGUAAUGGUUCCACUGAAUGUAAUCAUAUCUCAGGAAAUUGUACAGCGGGUUGUAAACCUGGUUUUAGUGGUGUUGAUUGUACAAAACAAUGCCCCGAAGCCUCUUACGGCAAAGAGUGUUCGAAAAUGUGUACUGAUAGAAAUUGUUUACAGAAUCAAACUUGUGACAGUAUGAAUGGCACUUGUGUUGAUGGUUGUAAACCAGGUUUUAUAUCAAUUGACUGUACACAAGGUAAAUAUAAUACAGUGAAUACAGCAUAUAAUAAUAUUAAUAGUAGAUAUUAUAUUGAUGGUUGUCAACCAGGUUUUAUAUCAAUUGACUGUACACAAGGUUUUAUAUCAAUUGACUGUACACAAGGUAAAUAUAAUAUAGUGAGUACAGUAUAUAAUAAUAUUAAUGGUAGAUAUCAUAUUGAUGGUUGUCAACCAGGUUUUAUAUCAAUUGACUGUACACAAGGUUUUAUAUCAAUUGACUGUACACAAGGUAAAUAUAAUAUAGUGAGUACAGUAUAUAAUAAUAUUAAUGGUAGAUAUCAUAUUGAUGGUUGUCAACCAGGUUUUAUAUCAAUUGACUGUACACAAGGUAAAUAUAAUAUAGUGAGUACAGUAUAUAAUAAUAUUAAUAGUAGAUAUUAUAUUGAUAGUUAUAAACCAGGUUUUAUAUCAACUGACUGUACACAGGGGAAAUAUAAGAUAGUGAAUACAGUAUAUAAUAAUAUUAAUGGUAGAUAUUAUAUUGAUGGUUGUAAACCAGGUUUUAUAUUAAUUGACUGUAAACAAGGUAAAUAUAAUAUAGUGAAUAUAGUAUAUAAUAAUAUUAAUGGUAGAUAUUAUAUUGAUGGUUAUCAACCAGGUUUUAUAUCAAUUGACUGUACACAAAGUAAAUAUAAUAUAGUGAGUACAGUAUCUAAUAAUAUUAAUAGUAGAUAUUAUAUUGAUAGUUAUAAACCAGGUUUUAUAUCAAUUGACUGUAAACAAGGUAAAUAUAAUAUAGUGAAUACAGUAUAUAAUAAUAUUAAUGGUAGAUAUUAUAUUGAUGGUUGUCAACCAGGUUUUAUAUCGAUUGACUGUAAACAAGGUAAAUAUAAUAUAGUGAGUACAGUAUAUAAUAAUAUUAAUGGUAGAUAUUAUAUUGAAGGUAGAUAUUAUAUUGAAGGUUGUAGACCAGGUUUUAUAUUAAUUGACUGUACACAAGGUUUUAUAUCAAUUGACUGUACACAAGGUAAAUAUAAUAUAGUGAGUACAGUAUAUAAUAAUAUUAAUGGUAGAUAUUAUAUUGAUGGUUGUAAGCCAGGUUUUAUAUCAAUUGACUGUACACAAGGUUUUAUAUCAACUGACUGUACACAAGGUAAAUAUAAUAUAGAGAGUACAGUAAAUAAUAAUAUUAAUGGUAGAUAUUAUAUUGAUGGUUGUAAACCAGGUUUUAUAUCAAUUGACUGUAAACAAUGUAAAUAUAAUAUAAUGAGUACAGUAUAUAAUAAUAUUAAUGUUAGAUAUCAUAUUGAUGGUUGUCAACCAGGUUUUAUAUCAACUGACUGUACACAAGGUUUUAUAUCAAUUGACUGUACACAAGGUAAAUAUAAUAUAGUGAGUACAGUAUAUAAUAAUAUUAAUCGUAGAUAUUAUAUUGAUAGUUGUAAACCAGGUUUUAUAUCAAUUGACUGUACACAAGGUAAAUAUAAUAUAGUAUGUACAGUAUAUAAUAAUAUUAAUGGUAGAUAUUAUUAUGGUUGUCAACCAGGUUUUAUAUCAAUUGACUGUACACAAGUUAAAUAUAAUAUAGUGAGUACAGUAUAUAAUAAUAUCAAUGGUAGAUAUAUUGAUGAUUGUCAACCAGGUUUUAUAUCAAUUGACUGUACACAAGAUAAAUAUAAUAUAGUGAGUACAGUAUAUAAUAAUAUCAUUGGUAGAUAUUAUAUUGAUGGUUGUAAACCAGGUUUUAUAUCAAUUGACUAUACACAAGGUAAAUAUAAUAUAGUGAGUACAGUAUAUAAUAAUAUCAAUGGUAGAUAUUAUAUUGAUGGUUGUAUACCAGGUUUUAUAUCAAUUGACUGUACACAAGGUUUUAUAUCAAUUGACUAUACACAAGGUAAAUAUAAUAUAGUGAGUACAGUAUGUAAUAAUAUUAAUGGUAGAUAUUUCAUUGAUGGUUGUAAACCAGGUAAACAGUUUGGUUAUUUAGAGUUAUUUACAUGUCAUUGUUAUAAUAGUAAACAGUUUGGUUAUUUAGAGUUAUUUACACGUCAUUGUUAUAAUAGUAUACUAAUUGUGAUAUGUUAUCUGUAUUUAGGUAAACAGUUUGGUUAUUUAGAGUUAUUUACAUGUCAUUGUACAAAUGAUAAUGAUUGUAAUACUGAUGGUAGUUGUCAGAGUAAUGGAUGUGCAACAGGCUGGUAUGGUUCUACUUGUCAAAAACAGAAUGUUGCAUUAGAGAAACCAGCGUCUCAAGUAUCACAAUACGAUGAGUUUGGACCUGAACUAGUAGUAGAUGGUGAUAGAUCACAAAAUGUUUAUAGAUGUACGAAUACUAAUUAUAAUAAUAAUACAUGGUGGAGUGUAAACUUAAUAGAUACUUAUCCUAUUAGACAAAUACAUAUUUUAUAUAGACGUGGAGAUUAUCUGACUUAUCCUGGAGAUACUGAUAAUUCUACCGAUGAGUCGUGUACUGAAGGAAAAUAUGGUUUGAAUUGUGGUCAAGAUUGUAAUGACAGACAUUGUUUGAGAUCCCAGCAGACUUGUAAUUUAGUUACUGGGAAAUGUGAUGAUGGUUGUGUUCCAGGAUAUAAUGGUAUAGACUGUAAACAAGAAUGUCCAACUAGAACGUAUGGUAGAAAUUGUUUACAACUUUGUUCUAACAACUGUUUAAAUCUAGAAUGUAACAAUAUGAAUGGUAUAUGUAUCGGUGGAUGUAAACCAGGUUUUAAAUCAGAACUUUGUAACCAGAAGUGUGAUAAGACAAUGUAUGGUAUAAACUGUUGUAGAUCCUGUAAUGAUAGAAAUUGUAAUGGUUCCACUGAAUGUAAUCAUAUCACUGGAAAUUGUACAGCGGGUUGUAAACCUGGUUUUAGUGGUGUUGAUUGCACAAAACAAUGCCCCGAAGCCUCUUACGGCAAAGAUUGUUCGCAAAUGUGUACAGAUAGAAAUUGUUUACAGAAUCAAAAUUGUGACAGUAUGAAUGGCACCUGUGUUGAUGGUUGUAAACCAGGUUUUAUUUCAAUUGACUGUACACAAGGUAAAUAUAAUAUAGUGAGUACAGUAUAUAAUAAUAUUAAUGGUAGAUAUUAUAUUGAUGGUUAUAAACCAGGUUUUAUAUCAACUGACUGUACACAAGGUAAAUAUAAUAUAGUGAGUACAGUAUGUAAUAAUAUUAAUGGUAGAUGUUAUAUUGAUGGUUGUAAACCAGGUUUUAUAUCAAUUGACUGUACACAAGGUAAAUAUAAUAUAGUGAGUACAGUAUAUAAUAAUAUUAAUAGUAGAUAUUAUAUUGAUGGUUGUCAGCCAGGUUUUAUAUCAACUGACUGUACACAAGGUAAAUAUAAUAUAGUGAGUACAGUAUGUAAUAAUAUUAAUGGUAGAUAUUUUAUUGAUGGUUGUAAACCAGGUUUUAUAUCAAUUGACUGUACACAGGGUAAAUAUAAUAUAGUGAGUACAGUAUAUAAUAAUAUUAAUGGUAGAUAUUAUAUUGAUGGUUGUAAACCAGGUUUUAUAUCAAUUGACUGUACACAAGGUAAAUAUAAUAUAGUGAGUACAGUAUGUAAUAAUAUUAAUGGUAGAUGUUAUAUUGAUGGUUGUAAACCAGGUUUUAUAUCAAUUGACUGUACACAAGGUAAAUAUAAUAUAGUGAGUACAGUAUAUAAUAAUAUUAAUAGUAGAUAUUAUAUUGAUGGUUGUCAGCCAGGUUUUAUAUCAACUGACUGUACACAAGGUAAAUAUAAUAUAGUGAGUACAGUAUGUAAUAAUAUUAAUGGUAGAUAUUUUAUUGAUGGUUGUAAACCAGGUUUUAUAUCAAUUGACUGUACACAGGGUAAAUAUAAUAUAGUGAGUACAGUAUAUAAUAAUAUUAAUAGUAGAUAUUAUAUUGAUGGUUGUAAACCAGGUUUUAUAUCAAUUGACUGUACACAAGGUAAAUAUAAUAUAGAGAGUACAGUAAAUAAUAAUAUUAAUGGUAGAUAUUAUAUUGAUGGUUGUAAACCAGGUUUUAUAUCAAUUGACUGUACACAAGGUAAAUAUAAUAUAGUGAGUACAGUAUAUAAUAAUAUUAAUGGUAGAUAUUAUAUUGAUGGUUGUAAACCAGGUUUUAUAUCAAUUGACUGUACACAAGGUUUUAUAUCAAUUGAUUGUACACAAGGUAAAUAUAAUAUAGUGAGUACAGUAUAUAAUAAUAUCAAUAGUAGUUAUCAUAAUGAUGGUUGUAAAUCAGGUUUUAUAUCAAUUGACUGUACACAAGGUUUUAUAUCAAUUGACUGUACACAAGGUAAAUAUAAUAUAGUAUGUACAGUAUAUAAUAAUAUUAAUGGUAGAUAUUAUAAUGAUGGUUGUCAACUAGGUUUCAUAUCAAUUGACUGUACACAAGAUUGUGAUGAUGGGUUCUAUGGUGAAAACUGUAAUAAUAAAUGUUCAGAGAGAAAUUGUAUAAAUAACAGUACAGUUUGUAGUAAAGUUGAUGGUAGCUGUAAUGGUGGAUGUCUAGAUGGUUAUAAUGGUGUAGAUUGUAGUCAAACGAUUCCAAUAGUACCAGAGAAUGUUGCAUUAUCGAAACCAGCCUCUCAAGUAUCAACAUUCCAGCAUCAUAGACCUGGCCUAGCAGUAGAUGGUGAUAGAUCACAAGAUAUUUAUAGAUGUAUGAAUACUGGUUAUAAUAAUAAUACAUGGUGGAGUGUAAACUUAACAGAUACUUAUCCUAUUAGACAAAUACAUAUUUUAUAUAGACAAGGAGAUAAUUAUACUUAUGAUGGAGAUACUGAUAGUUCUAUCGAUGAGUAUCUAUACACUCUAAAAGGAUUUAAAAUAGAUGUUAUACAAGAUAAUGGUGCUUCAGUUGAAUGUUAUAAACAACCUAAUGAUAUUCAACCAUCUAGUAUAAACUUCACAGUAAACUGUAAUAAAAUAAUUUGGGGUAGUAAAAUCAAUAUCUCAAGAACUAUUGUUAUCGAAAAUCUUUACUAUGCUUUUUGUGAAGUGGAGGUUUAUGUAUGCUCCAAUAGAACAUAUGGUAAAGAGUGUGAGAAGUUUUGUUAUUGUAAAGAUGCUGUAGCUUGUGAUGAUGUAACUGGAAUAUGUUCAACUGAUGGAUGUUUACCAGGGUAUACUGGAUCAAGCUGUAAUCAGACGUGUACUGAAGGAAAAUAUGGUUUGAAUUGUGGUCAAGAUUGUAAUGACAGACAUUGUUUGGGAUCCAAGCAGACUUGUAAUUCAGCUACUGGGAAAUGUGAUGAUGGUUGUGUUCCAGGAUAUAAUGGUACAGACUGUACACAAGAAUGUCCAUCUAGAACGUAUGGUAGAAAUUGUUCACAACUUUGUUCUAACAACUGUUUAAAUCUAGAAUGUAACAAUAUGAAUGGUAUAUGUAUCGGUGGAUGUAAACCAGGCUUUAAAUCAGAACUUUGUAAUCAGGAGUGUGAUAAGACAAUGUAUGGUAUAAACUGUAGUAGAUCCUGUAAUGAUAGAAAUUGUAAUGGUUCCACUGAAUGUAAUCUUAUCACUGGAAAUUGUACAGCGGGAUGUAAACCUGGUUUUAGUGGUGUUGAUUGCAAAAAACAUUGCCCCGAAGCUUCAUACGGCAAAGAGUGUUCGAAAAUGUGUACAGAUAGAAAUUGUUUACAGAAUCAAACUUGUGACAGUAUGAAUGGCACUUGUGUUGAUGGUUGUAAACCAGGUUUUAUAUCAGCUGACUGUACACAAGGUAAAUAUAAUAUAGUGAAUACAGUAUAUAAUAGUAUUAAUGGUAGAUAUAUUGAAGGAUGUCAACCAGGUUUUAUAUCAAUUGACUGUACAGAAAGAAAUUAUAUUAAUGGUCGUCAACCAGGUUUUAUAUCAAUUGACAGUACACAAGGUAAAUAUAAUAUA